GCUUAACUGCACAGAUUCACACACCUCUUUUAGGUUUACCACACCAUUGACUUAACUGUGCUACACAGAGUCAGUGGAACAUUUAACAUGCGCCACACCAUCUGGAAUAUUGGAAUCAACAUGUCUGCAAGUCUCAAUACAGGCAGCAGCUCCUCUGGCUUCACCACUGGGUUCACCACUGCAGCAACUCCCAGCACAGGUGUCAGCUUGGAUGCUGCUGACAUCGCUGUGGUUGUUGUUUAUUUUAUCUUUGUCAUGGUGGUGGGAAUCUGGUCUUCAGUACGAGCCAAUCGCAGCACUGUAGGAGGCUACUUCUUGGCUGGCCGUUCAAUGACCUGGUGGCCUAUUGGAGCGUCACUGAUGUCCAGUAAUGUCGGCAGUGGUUUGUUUAUUGGUCUGGCAGGAACAGGUGCAGCCGGAGGCAUCGCAGUUGGGGGGUUUGAAUGGAAUAUUAUACAGGCGCUUGUCAAAAACUGGAGAAAAUGCCAUGUGCUGUGUCCAAAUACAGCAGUCCUGGCAGCCUGGGUCCUGAUAGCUUUGGGCUGGAUCUUUAUACCUGUCUACAUCUCUGCUAAUGUAGUAACCAUGCCCGAAUAUCUGGCUAAACGCUUUGGAGGCCAGAGGAUAGGAAUCUAUAUGGCUGUCCUCUCACUCAUUCUCUACAUUUUCACCAAGAUAUCUACAGAUAUCUUUUCAGGUGCAUUGUUCAUUCAGGUGUCAUUGGGCUGGGAUCUUUAUCUGUCCACAGGCAUACUGCUGCUGGUCACUGCUGUUUACACUGUAGCAGGUGGUUUGGCAGCAGUGAUCUACACGGAUGCACUCCAGACUGUGAUCAUGGUUGGGGGGGCCUUUGCACUAAUGUUCAUAGCAUUCUCCAAAGUUGGCUGGUAUGAGGGCCUUGUGGACCUUUACAUGUCAGCUGUUCCCUCAGUGACAAUCGCCAACACCACCUGCCACCUACCUCGUAGUGAUGCCUUCCGUAUGCUCAGAAAUCCCGUGUCAGGGGAUUUACCCUGGCCCGGUCUGGUGUUUGGGCUCACAGUACUGUCUACAUGGGUGUGGUGCACAGAUCAGGUAAUAGUCCAGAGAUCUCUGUCAGCCAAGUCUUUGUCUCAUGCCAAAGCCGGCAGUGUGUUGGGAGGCUACCUCAAACUGCUGCCCAUGUUCUUCAUUGUCAUGCCAGGCAUGAUUAGCCGAGCACUGUUCCCAGAUGAGGUAGGGUGUGUGGAUCCAGAGGUGUGUCAGAGUGUGUGUGGAGCUUCAAUUGGUUGCUCCAACAUCGCCUACCCUAAGCUAGUGGUAGAGCUAAUGCCUGUGGGUCUUCGUGGUCUGAUGCUAGCUGUGAUUUUAGCUGCUCUGAUGUCCUCUCUGACCUCCAUCUUUAACAGCAGCUCCACUCUGUUCACAUUGGACCUCUACCACAAAGCCAGGCCCAAAGCUUCUGAGAGGGAACUAAUGAUUGUUGGAAGGGUGUUCAUCCUGGUCUUGGUGUGUGUUAGUCUGUUGUGGAUUCCAGUCAUUCAAACAGCCAACAGUGGGCAGCUGUUUGAUUAUAUCCAAUCAGUUACCAGCUUUCUAGCCCCACCCAUCACGGCUGUAUUCCUAAUGGCUAUCUUUUGGCCACGUGCCAACGAGCAAGGUGCAUUCUGGGGUCUGAUGACUGGACUAGUGGUGGGACUGAUCCGUAUGGUUCUGGAGUUCUUCUACCAUGCUCCUUCCUGUGGUCAGCCUGAAAGUCGGCCUGCUAUCCUGGCUGAUGUCCACUACCUGUACUUUUCUCUCAUCUUGCUGGCUCUCACCUGCCUUGUCAUUGCUGCUGUCAGCUUGGCCACUGCCCCAAUACCUAAAGAACAUCUUCACAGGCUGACCUGGUGGUCCAGAUACAGCCAGGAGCCUCGGAUCGACCUCACAGGACCCCCGAUCUUUCCUGACCCAGUCGACUCAGCCAGUGACUCUGACCGUUUGCCAGAUUCCUGCUGGCGGAGAGCUGCUCUGUGGCUAUGUGGUUUGACUGGUCCAAACUCUGGCAGUGCACCUCCGGUGACUGAAAACAAUGAACUGAACUCUCUGCAGGAGGAUCCUAUUUGGAGAAGAGUAUGCAAUGUUAAUGCUCUGCUGCUGCUGUCUGUUAAUGUGUUCCUCUGGGGAUACAUGGCUUAAUGUGCAGCAGUCAAGAAAUUUUAAGAUGUUAUCACUGAAGAUAAUAUCCUGAAGAUGUUAUCAUCAAGGUUCGCCUUGAUCAUUGGCUAUUGGCCAAACCAAUCAGUUGCAACAAUUAAAUUAAAUUUAAUUCAAAUAAACAGACUAUUUAUUUACAAAAGAGGUUUAGUAUCUAAUAACUGAUCAUGGUAUACUCUGAUUAAAAUGGAUAAUUAUGGAAAAGAAAAACAAAUGUUGUCCUGAUGAUUUUUCUCUGCUACUCAAUCCAUGUUGUGCUCAUUUUCAAAGUAAUGGACCCUUUUUGCCCACCCUCCAGUAAAGCUGUGCAUCAUACUGAUAUGUUUCAAAGUAAUCACUGUGUGAUUAUCCUUCCAUGAAUGGCCCGUAGCCUGGUUUUAAGUUUCUGUCAGGUCCAAAUUUAGAAAUGACACAAACAUAUUUGUCGGGAUGUCGAUUCUCAAAUUUCUACAAACUAAUAAGAAAUAGUGUGUUCCAGACUGUUCUCUAGUAACUCACCAUUAUGUACUAAUUUAAAACUGUUUGAUGAAGUGAGGUGCUUCUAUGGAAUGGGAUACAUGCAGACGUUAAAGUCCAAAACCCAUUAAAAUGCUGUUGUUAUGGUCAUAUUAAACCAUGGCAUCAAGCCUCCGUCAUUCAGUCAACAGAUCUUCGGGAACUAAAGGCAUUUAUGGUGCCAAACAACAAAUAAAGGUUUGCAAAAAUGACUAACAGAAAGCAAAAAAGUGUUUACAAAAAACUCAGUAAAAUCUAGGUCCUAGUUUUGGUCUGAGUUGGUGUUAAGUGUGCUGUAAUUUGUCAAUCCAAAUGGCUUCUAAUAAAUUAGGUUUCCUUUGUCACUUUA